GGUUUACUUGUCUUUUUCCCCCUUUUUUUCCCUCGUCGAUCGCGGUAUUUCGCGGAUUUUAAGCCGGCCCGAGCAUCGAUCAAGUAUCUUCGCGCCGGUUUUUUCAGUGCUGUCACCGGGGAUUCACAUUUUUUUGUAAAAUCCGGCUACGGCGCGGCUGGCGAAACCGUUAUCGUCUGGUAUGUCAUAACGCGAACGGACGGGCAAGGUUAGGAAUUCGAACGGCCAUAUCUUUUUCCAUUUCGGAAUAUAUAAUUUUAGCCGAGGAAUUCUUCGGGUCACUUGUUCCACGUUACGGGCUUCAUCGUGUCCCCUCGAUACAAGGAAUUAGUAGGUCACGUUUAUGAUGUAGGUGCUUGUAAUUGAUAAUGUGUUGAUUAUUACGAAGUGAUUGCCAAUGAGUUAGCUUCGAGUGACGUCGUAUUCACAGCAAUUAUUUGUGUUCGCACUAAGAAGGAGCAAUAUUUAUUGGUCAUUUCACGGUUCCAGUCAUGGAGACAGAACACGAUAUAUUGACAAAGUUAAAGCUGUUAAUUAUAGGGGAGAGCGGUGUUGGGAAGUCAUGCAUCCUGAUAAGAUUUAUAGAGGAUACGUUUGAAGAGAAUACGAAGAUCACAGUUGGUAUAGAUUUUAAGACUAAAGACAUUGUACUCGAUGGUAAUAAGAUACAGCUUUCUAUCUGGGACACAGCUGGAGAAGAACGUUUUCGUACUCUGUCGCCUAGCUAUUAUAGAAAUGCCCAGGGUGCCAUAUUGGUAUAUGAUGUGACGAAGGAGGAUACGUUCAAGAAGCUGGAAAAAUGGUUGAGCGAAUUAGACACUUAUAGCCACAAGGAAGACAUUGUCAAAAUGGUGGUAGGCAAUAAGAUUGAUUUGCCAGACCGGAAGAUUAGUACUCAGGAAGGCUUGGAGUUCGCUAGGAGACAUCAAACGUUGUACAUCGAGAGUAGCGCUAAAUCAGCAGAUGGGAUUAACUAUGCCUUUGAGGAACUUGUACAAAAGAUAAUACAAACACCGGGUCUUUGGGAUCGGAACAUAACCAGACACUAUGAUAAUGGUAGUGUGAGAGGAGCGAAGUACAGAGGAAGGAGGGAUAUACAGUUGGUAGACGACACACUAGAACGUCCGCCUGAAAUGUCAUCGAAUUGUUAUUGCAGCGUGGUUUAACUGCCGUGUGAUAUAACAUUCAAUCAGUGAUAACUACAACAAAAGUUACUCCUUAAAUAUAGUUUAACAUUAAUUACAAAAUUAAAUUCUGAUUUGUGGGAAUUUAAAGAACAAACAUGAGUAACUCAGCAUGUUAAUUGUUUUGUGUUAAUAUAUCGGAAGAAAAAGUCUUUUAUAUACGAUGGGUGAUAAAAAAAAGUAUCAUGCAUUUUACAUAUAAAUUAGAACUGUUCAUGUUCAACUCGCGGUUCGCGCAGCUCUAGAGAACAGAACAAAUAAUUUUCUGUUGUCAUAUUGGCUGAUAAAAGUAAAGAGGGCGUAUGUUGAGUAAGUGGGGAGGAACGAGAAGAUUUUAAUUCUAUGCUGGCAGAAGCCGGGUCAGUCGUGAUCCAAAAUUUAUUAGUUAAACUUGACCUGGCCAAGCCUGCACCCAACUGUCUCAGUGACCGCUUUUCGAGGGUUCGCGUGGAGAGAAUAAUAAAAUCAUUUUAAUAAAUUAAAAACACGAUUAUAAUGGGGGAUUAAGCUAUAUAAGCUGAACACGCUAUUAGCUUUUCUUCAAAAUAGUCCCCUGUGUAUAAUGUACAUUUGGUCUAACAUCGCUGCCACUUGUAAAAAAGAUCGUUAGAAGUCUAGCUAAUGAGAACCUAUUUAGCUUCUCUGUGUUGUGUGUUUUAAUUGUGCCGAAAUCGUCAAAUCUCUUCUAGAAAAUUGGAAAAUAUGAGAGGAAGCAGAGGCCUAAGGUUUAGGGAGCAUAAGAUUAUAAUGGCGUUGCGCUAAAAUAUAUCUGUGCUAGUGCUGUGAAGCAAAUAUAAUUAUUAUUAAUACUUUUUUUUUUAUCAAACCUCGUAUGAAUUGAGAAUAUAUAUAUGAAGUUGUUUUCAAUUAAUAAUUUUCUCAUUUAGCAGCUGAAUUUUAUAUAGACAUUUGUAAUACUAAAUUUGUAUUCGUGUAAAUAUGUCUUGCAUACAUACACAAGUUAAAUUAAUA